UAGAGGAUCCGGAAUACAUUAGUAACCUCCUAAAGAUGUCUGUUGAAGGAAAGCCGGGUACAGCUCCAGAAGGUCCAGCAACCAACAUUAAUAUGGAGUACUCACCCCAAGCCCCAGAGUACUCACCCCAAGCCCCGGGAACAGCCCCUGCGGCAGGAUACCCUUCACAGUUCAUGGCUGCACCAUACCCAGCAAAUGCAGAAGGACCCUACAUGCAUCAUCCAGAAGGCUGGAAUCCCGCAGUAUUUCCCCCACCACCGCCAUACAAUGACACAGGAUACCAACAACAACCAAUUUUCGCGCCUCAAGUCAUUUUCAAGACGGACUUGGCAGAUAACCCAGGACUGGCCGUGUGUCCUGCCUGCAACCAGCCAUGUACAACAACCAUCAAAUACAAGUCCGGCUGCUUAACCACCCUCUUAUGCUGCCUUUUGUUCUUCUUUGGAUGUGUGUUGGGUUGCUUCUUAAUACCUUGCUGUGUCAAGAGUUGCAAAGACGUGGACCAUUACUGCCCCAACUGUCAACAUCUCAUCUACAAGUACAAGCGUCUAUAGGCAAAGAAAACAAUUGCGCUUGCUCAUUAAGGGAACCAAAAUGCCUUUCACUAAACCCACACUGCUUGAUAUUAUUGCCUUAAACUGUGAGAUUAAAAUAUGUCAUAUUAAAUGGAAGACUGCUUUAGGGCUCAUGCACACAAACGUACAGUAUUUUUGUCCGUGCCCAUUCCAAUUUUUUGAUGGCCCAUAUGCAGAUUUCACAUCAAUGGGGCUGCAAAAAAAAAAAACGGAAAUGACUCCGUGUGCAUUCCGUCUCCGUAUGUCCAUUUCGCCUAAAAAUAGAACAUGUCCUAUUAUUGUCCGCAUUACAGACAAGGAUAGGAUUGUUCUACUAGGAUUGAACACGGCCGGUAUCUGUGUUUUGCGGAUCCUCAAUUUGCGGACCACAAAACAACAACGGUCGUGUGCAUGAGCCCUAAAGUUGAGGGAGUUAUAAGAGGCCCUAAUAACUGCUGGGGUGAGUAAAGGCAAAGACGCAUUUUCUAUCACUCUGGAAAAGAGAGCCGCAGUAAUCUUGCAGAACAGGAGCCGGUGUCCGCCCUGGGAUACAACCAUUUUCGUGCCUUACAUGCAAGAGAACUGCUGUCCUAACCACCAGCUUCAUUAAAUAUCGUCAGGUUCCUUGAGUACAAAGAACUAUGGGGUGAAAUUUAUCAAAAUUGAAGGAAAGGGAAACUUGUAUAGUUUAUCAUAGCAACCAAUCAGAGUGGUCCUUUCAUUUUCCAAAUGAGCACUGAAAAAUUAAAGGUGGGAUCUGAUUGGUUGCUAUGGGCAACUAAGCCAGUUUCCCUUUACACCAGCUUUGAUAAAUCUCCUCAUAUUAUGUGUUACACUGCAACUCUACAACAUUUCAGAGAAAACUGUUUUAAAAAGAGCCGGGCAUGGGGAAGUGCCUGCUGCUGGGUUUCUGAACUUCAGCUGUCCCCCAUUUGGCUUAGCUUGAUCGACAGAUCUCUUUAUAUGCAAAAAUAAGCAUCCUCUUGCCAGGCUUUCUUUAAAGCCAUGUUUUAUAGAGCUCUCAAUUGAUCUAUGGCCCCUUGCACAUUGCCGUAGUGCUCCCACAGCCGUAUUGUGGGCUGCAUACGGCGGUUCCGCAAUACACGAGGCACCAGCCGUGUGCAUUCCGCAUCACGGAUGCGGACCCAUUAACUUGAAUGAGUCCGCAAAUCCGGAGAUGCAGUGCGGAAUGGAACGGAAGCACAGA